AUGCCGAAAGCCGUUGUUGAUUGUUCCAGGUUUUCAAACUGGAAUCGUCUAUUGAGGGCAACCGCUUACGCUUUGCGUGCUGUACGCAGAUUCAGAGGGGAACCGGCGUCCCAGUCGGAUUUUCUAUCUCAAAAAGAGUUGUGUGAUGCGGAAAUAGCGAUAUGGAAGCAGGUGCAAGCUGGAACCUAUUCAGACGAGUACGCGAUUCUGGAGCGUAACCUGACGAAUCCCACAAGUUUAGCUCCAUUCCCGAAAUCUAGUCCACUGUAUCGACUUUCGGUAUUCUUGGAAGAACGAGGUGUCGUCCGAAUGAACAGUAGAAUAUCUACUUCGCCGUCUGUAUCGUAUGACACGAAAUUUCCGAUUGUGCUGCCAAGGAAAGAAUAUGCAGUCUAUCUUCUAACGGAGAGCUAUCACCGGAGGUUUCUUCACAGGAACGGGGAGACAAUCUGCAAUGAAAUGCGUCAACGAUUCUUCGUACCCGGACUUCGAAUUCUGAUUCGGCAGGUGGCAAAGCAGUGCGUGACUUGUCGUAUUCGAAAGGUUGUUCCAAAUCCUCCUCUGAUGUCAGCUCUGCCUGCAGUUCGUGUUACAGGAAUGAUCAGACCGUUUACGUUCACUGGAGUGGACUAUCUAGGACCAAUACAGGUCAAGCAAGGUCGCAGCUUGGUAAAGAGGUGGGUGGCAUUGUUUACCUGCUUGACUAUACGUGCUGUACAUCUAGAAGUGGUGCACAGUCUGUCCACCCAGUCAUGUAUAAUGGCCAUCAGACGUUUUGUGGCUCGUCGUGGUUCCCCGGAGAAUUUUUAUAGUGACACCGGCACAAAUUUCUUGGGAGCGAGCAACAUAUUGAAAAAUCAGAUACAGAAUAUCCAUGAGGACUGUGCGGUCACGUUUACGAACAGCAAGACCAACUGGAUUUUCAAUCCACCAUCAGCACCUCAUAUGGGCGGUUCAUGGGAGCGUAUGGUGCGCUCCGUAAAGGCUGCCAUGUGA